AUGUCAGGAACACAAUCAUUACCUCCUCCUUCUCUGCCACAGCUUGUUGCCGAGCAGCAUGUGCCAAUCCCGUCGACCGACAAAAACUCCAAGAGACUCAUUGUGGUUCUCUCCAAUGCGAGUCUCGAGACCUUCAAGGCUGUAAGCUCCGGAAAGCCAGGAAGCGGUCGCGACGAGAAAUAUACCCUCCUCAAUUCCGACGAACAUAUUGGCGUCAUGCGAAAGGCAAACCGUGAUAUUAGUGAUGCAAGACCGGAUAUCACCCACCAGUGUCUCCUAACCCUACUCGAUUCCCCAAUCAACAAGGCCGGGAAAUUGCAAAUCUACAUCCAUUCCGCUAAGGGUGUUCUCAUCGAAGUCAGCCCAACUGUCAGAAUACCACGUACCUUUAAGCGAUUCGCAGGUCUUAUGGUGCAACUCCUACACCGUCUGUCGAUUCGAUCCGUCAAUUCUCAGGAGAAAUUACUGAAGGUUAUCCAAAACCCAAUUACCGAUCAUCUUCCUCCAAAUUGCCGAAAGGUCACCCUUAGCUUCGAAUCCGAGAUUGUACGUGUUAGGGAAUAUGUGGAGGCUUUAGACGAAAAGGAGAGUAUUUGCGUCUUCGUUGGAGCCAUGGCAAAAGGAUCCGAUAAUUUUGCGGAUCAAUACGUUGAUGAGAAGAUCUCGAUCAGCAACUACAGUCUCUCGGCCAGUGUGGCAUGCAGUAAAUUCUGCCACGCAGCAGAGGAUGUAUGGGACAUUGUCUGA